AUUGAUACAAGUAUAUCAUCAUCAAGCUCAUCUUUCCAUUUGUCUCCUUUGGAUCGACUAUCGGGACAAGGAAUCAUUGAACUUGGUGACACCAAAGCUGGAUCGAAAAAGUACACAAUGCCAGACUUGGAUGAUUAUUUGCAAGGGAUUCCAUCCAAUUCACCUGGGGUUCAUGGAGAUUACACCAUCACAUCGACCUUUAACGGUGGCAAUCAAGCUCUAUCCACGGCUCUCGCAGCCUUCAAUACGACCGCAAACAUCCAGAGUCUACAAGCCGCAUUCUCUGAAGAUUCAAGCACCUAUGGUCAUAUCACUGCAAAGCUGGGGAACAUGCCACAAGGGAAGCUCACUUUCCUUGCAUCGGCGAACACGGAUGGUGCUCUAUUAUCCAAGAUUCUGAGUGAUGGCACUGGAGCACAACAUUUUGAGAUUGUCCAGCAAGCGACUCGUCCAGAUGGGACCCAAAUGACCUACAGCUUCCCUUUCACCAUGAUACAAUAUAUGGGCACUUACUACCUUAUUGCAACGUUCUCAACGUGCCAGGCAUACAGUAGACUAGGAUUCCCUCCUGGUUACUAUUUGAUCGACCCUGAUGGUAUUUCAGCGGAAUUUACACCUUCUGUAGUACAGUGCCUAGAAGGUGGUGUUACCCGCUUCGACCAUACCACCUCCAGCCAGGCAGUUGAAGUAGUUUCAGGGGAGGAUCCGUGCAGCUACAAUCCUACAAUUGAAUACGGCCAAACACUGGUGCAGAUCACAGCCGUCGUGGCCAGGUCCACUGAAUGCAGUCAGAGCGUCAAGUACAAUUGCUACGGUUCGGUGCUCAAUGAGGGCAGUACACACUACGGUUACUGGAUUGCCAGGACCGGAGACAGGAUGUACAACUGGGGUAUACCCGAGAGCCAGGGAGAGGGGUGCCAGUGUGGACAGACCAACAGCUGCCACAACCCGAGUUUGAAGUGCAACUGCGAUGCCAACGUCCAGAAGAAUCUCACCGAUGCGGGCACCUUGACAGAUCUUGACAAGCUCCCCGUCAAAGAGCUUUGCUUCGGGGACACGAGUGGUGACGAUGGAGUGGAGCGGGGUAUCUAUACCUUGGGACCCCUUCUCUGCAAGGGGGAUAAAAGUAAAUGGUUCACUGAUAUCCAAGAAGUAAUGACUGGAGCAGGAAGAUCUUUCCACGGCACAUUCUCAAUCAAGAAACAUAGUCGGUUUAGUCUUUCCAGUAGAACGCCCCACUCCAGAAAUGGACAAACAGCUGUGUCUGCACAGCUGAGACAGUUCUUGACUCAAUCUCAUUUGGGACAGGGACAGCGAAAACGAAGAUCAGUUGCACAAGCUCUUUUGAAUAGUGGAAGGGUAGACCUGGGAAGCUCCACUUUUUCCUUGUCUUCUGCCUCUUCAUCGACCACAAUCCAUAAGACUCGUAUCGUCAGGUAUCAGCAAGUAAUAUCGGUGAGCACGGAGACUUCCUCAGGGGGUGGAGAUGCAGUACGGGGAGACACAGAAAUCGCCGAGGUCAGAACGAGGGGUGGACAGGCCAACCCCAUCACGUCUAACCAAGAACCGGACAAGGAAGAAAGAGAGUUAAUGGAAAUGGACGGUCAACUCUACGAAGUAUUUUCAUCCUGUGAGCUUCGAUAUCUCAUGGAGGGUGAAUUUAAUCCCAAUGAAGUACUUGACCCAGAUGGCAGCGAAAAUAUCUUCAUUGCAUCAUGCCAUCAACGGUCAACAAACGGUCCAGUCAUCACACAAGUGGAUGUCACAAAGUCCAGUUUGAUAGUAGAUCCCACUCAGUCUGCCUUCAAUGGUCAAGUCACUUACAGUACUGGCUCUAAUAGCGUAACCCAGGACCAGCUGACUGCUCUCAUUGACAAUUCCGGAAGCUGCAUUCAAAAGGUCAUCUUCAGCUGCCAGGGUGCCACUCUGGGAGAAGAUGGGUCCAACGGUGUCAUUCUGGGCAGGAACGGUACUGAGAUAGAGUCCCCAUGGAGUGGCAUUGAUGGAAUCUGCAAAACCACAAACCUGUGCAAGUGCCUGAAGUCAGGAGAUAAUGGACUUAACGAGGCUGUCAUCGAGGACAGACAUCUUCUGCCUAUAACAGGAUUCAGGCUUGAUAGUGUUGAUGGUGCUGGAUCCUUCCAUGUGGGAAAUCUCGAGUGCACAAACGAUCAGAGUCAUAGGGCCCAUGUGAUUAAAGCUGAGAUUUACAGUUUGAAUGCACCAGUGCUGAGAUCUUGCCAUGAGCUCUUGAUGUAUGGAUACAUGGGUGUCCCUGCGGAGCGUGGUUUCUACAAGAUCAACCCUAACCCUGCAUCUGGCAGGGUAGCCAGUGUCUUCUGUGAAACCGAUGGAACAACACUGAUCAGACAUGACCUCAUGGGCGUAAACUUUCUGAAUGAAAACAACAAAGAACUUGAGCCAACCUACUACGAAUCGGAGAGAUUCAUGGCCGACCUUGCCAGCAUCUCGCAUGAAUGCAGGCAGUACGUGAAGCCGACCUGUAAGAAUAUGCCCUUCUUCAGCGACACGCAAGAGGCUCUAGCCACCUGGACAGGUCUGGACGACAUGGUCAGGACCAGCUGGGGCACCGGGUCAACUCUACCAGGAUGCCCUUGUAGCCUCAGGGCCGCUGGAUGUGAUGAAGGGAAGCUGUGCAACUGUGAUGCCUUCCCUGGACAUGAAACCCUUGAUGAGAUCUUUCUGGAUGAACCUGCCAAGAGAUUCAGCUUCAAGGAGGUGAUGGGACCGGGCAACUCCUUGGAGCUAGGAGGGUUUGAAUGCAACGGAUCAAGAAUGGUCAAUCAAAAACCAGCUGAAGCAUUUUAUGUUCCUACGCAAAAGACCUGCAAUGACGUUUUGAUAUUCUUGGAGACUUUGGGUCGGGACGCCUAUUCAGGGUACUACUGGAUCGAUCCGGAUCAGGAAAGCGGAAGCCUUCCGCCCUUUUUAGCUUUCUGUGAUUUCUAUUACGAGGAGUCUGUAGCAGGAGCUGAGCCAAUGAAAAUGGCGGAGACUGUAAUCCAUCAUGAUGACGAGGGCUACUUGUUUGCUGACGCAGACGGCUUCACACAACGUUUUAAAUACAACUAUGCAUCUAUUGCACAGAUAGCUGCACUUGCAAGGGUAUCGGACAAGUGUGAGCAGGAGAUCGAAUUCAAUUGCAAGGGCUCCCCCAUCUGGUCUGGAGAAGAGCAGAAAGCAUGGUGGACGGACAGGCAUGGCAGACAGAUGGUCAACUGGGGUGGUGUGCCUACAGGAACCAAAGGAUGUGCUUGCAUGUCAUCUGCCGAAGGAUGUGCUGCUGGAGCUGCUCGCUGUAACUGCGAUGCUAACGCCAUGAAUUCUACCUUGACCGAUGAAGGUAUUUUGAGCGACAAGAAUCAGCUUCCUGUGACCUCCGUGACCUUUGGUAGCAGCGCUGAUGACACAGGCUCCUUCAGGGUCUCUGCACUCAGGUGUAGUGGACAAGGAGGCAUGGCUGCUCCUACAGUCGAAGAUUACACCUUCUACUUUAAUGCCAACGGCCAAGACCGGCAUCUGAUGAAUGUUUUGCCUCGCCUUGAGCCCGGCCAGGAGUGGAUCGAGUUCUCGGUGGAUGCGCCGUCCGAUGCCUACAUUGCUUUCGCCAGCGAUCCAGACGGGUAUCCAGAAUAUGAGAUUGCUAUUGGUAAGGAUGGAAACAGAAAGACAAGCUUCUUCGAGGCUGACGAAGAGGAGAUCACAUUCGAAACACCUGGCGUCCUGAACACGGAUGGACCCACUAGGUUCCGCAUCGGCCUCGCGGACGGCACCAUCGAGCUUCUGAAACUGGAGAACGGCGGUGGGGAGACACCCAUCGGAGCUGUUAACUUUGGAAUGGUGCAUCCCUUCAGUUACAUCCUCUUUGGCUCCGGACCUAACUCACCUUCUACGUGGAGCUUCCCCUACCCCACUGCUACCAGUACCAACGUGUGCGACUCCCAAGUGAUGAGCAUUGCAUGUCCCAACGGACAGUACAUUGACCUCAUGUCUGCCAGCUACGGCUACUCGGCAGCAGCCACAGCCUGCAGCGAUGGUCAGGCGUAUGCCCCUUGCCACUCCGAGAACUCCUUCUCUGAGGUGCUCCAGCGCUGCCAAGGAAAGGCAAGCUGUGCUUUCCAGGUCACUGCGGGUGUCUUCAAUGACCCAUGCGUCCCUAUGACCCCCAAGUCUCUAACGGUUAGGUACCAAUGCGUUGCCGAUUCUAUCGAGAAGACCGGACGAACUGGAGCCUGCAUUGACUUGCAGUGUAUGAAUGGAGGAUAUUGCUUCAGAUCCAUGGGUGCAUCUCUCUGCAGGUGUUCCUCCGGAUGGACAGGACCUACCUGCGAAGAACGUGAGGCCGUAUGCUCCCACUUUGGAGGCGCUCAUUUCAUGACGUUUGAUAACAAACGCUACGAGUUCCCCAUCAGUCGGAACGGUAAUGAAGAGUGCACGUUCGUGCUGGUCAGACACGAAUCCGCUUCCGGGGAGAGCUUUGACGUCCUCGCAAGGAACGGGGAAGUUCACAUCGAGAUCAAUUCUCAGAUGAUCAAACUUGGAGAGGAUGUCCGGGUAGACGGUCUGCCCGUUGCACUGGACUUCUCAGCUCCCCUCUUCCAGAUCUCAGACAAAGGAAAUGGAGAGUUUGCGGUCACUCUGAAUGUUGGGAUGACCAUAGAGUACAAGAAGGGUGGUACGCUGUUCAUCACAAUGACAGGUGACGCAGCCGCCCUCUCCGGUCUCUGCGGGAACAACGACGGAGACGCGGACAAUGAUUUUGAACUUGAAAAUGACGAGAUCACUGCUCUUGCCAAAGAGUUUGUACAACAACACACAACUUGUACAACUCCACUUACAGAAGAUGCAUGUGUCUCCAUGACCCGGGACCAAGCCCGAGAGCAAUGCAGUGUGUACUUCAGCAGUAAUCUAUUUGAUAACUGCUUGGCGUCUGAACCCCUGGUUGCGUUCCUGGAUGAGUGCAGCUAUGACGUGUGCCGCUCCAGAGGGCACUGCGACUCUCUAGAAGCCUACGUGACCAGGUGUGAGAACAGGAACAUCAAUCUGAUGCCUUGGAGACAGACUGUCGGAUGUGUCAUGGAAUGUGAUUCCAACAUGGUGUACGAGGAAUGCGCCUCUGCAUGCCCAGCCACCUGCCAGAACCCAACCGCACAGGAGAACUGCAAUCUACCCUGCGUCGAACGGUGCGUGUGCGAGGCCGGGUUCAUUCUCAAGGCAGGGCGAUGUGUGCCAAUGGCACAAUGCUUUUCCCAGUCACCAGCAGCUGAAGUAGGAUUUACAGAAAUCGUCCAGGCACCAGUACGAGGACAGCCAGUAGUAGCCCCAGCACCUUCUCCUGUGGUACCCGCCCCAGUACCUUCUCCAGUUAGCACUUCACAAGGGGGAAUACCCAACCUUGGCUCAUUGUUCGCACUCAACCAGGGAGUACCAGCCCCAGCUCCAGCCCCAGUCCCAGCCCCUGCCUCAGGACAACCAGCUCCAGCCCCAGGACAAUUUAAUCUGGCCCCAGCCCCAGCCCCAGCCACAGCCCCAGCCCCAGCCCCAGCCCCUGCCUCGGGACAACCAGCUCCAGCCCCGGCCACAGUCCCAGGACAACCAGCUCCAGCCCCAGGACAAUUUAAUCUGGCCCCAGCCCCGGCCACAGCCCCAGGACAACCAGCUCCAGCCCCAGUCCCAGCCCCAGCCCCACUUAAUCUGCCUAGCCUUAGCAAAUUGUUCCAACUUAACCAGCCAGCCCAACCAGCACCAUCGCCACCAGUAGCAGGCCAACCGGUACCAUCGCCACCAGUAGCAGGCCAACCGGUACCAUCACCACCAGUAGCAGGCCAACCGGUACCAUCGCCACCAGUAGCAGGCCAACCGGUACCAUCGCCACCAGUAGCAGGUCAACCGGUACCAUCGCCACCAGUAGGAGGUCAACCGGUACCAUCGCCACCAGUAGCAGGCCAACCGGUACCAUCGCCACCAGUAGCAGGUCAACCGAUACCGCCAACCGCAGAGGUUCCUGAGAUGUGCGACAAUAUCUACGGGUUUGACGUAUUUGCCCGUCCAAACUACGACAGCGACGACAAGACGGUGAUCUUCUACGGCGACCCCAUGCAGUGCCAUGGCGAUAAGGGUUCCAUCAAUUACCUGGUGCGCGUGCUGGAACCGUUCUACGUGCGCUUCUACCGCUCCAUGGGGAGGAACAUGCUGAUCCUCGUCGGCAGUCAGACUGUUACGCCUACCACGCUCAACGAGACCCUCGCCAUCUCGAUCCCAUACCGAAAGGGUGAUUUCCUGGCCGUCAGCUUCCAGACGGGUUUGGUCUCCUAUACCAAGGGCGGGCCUACAAGCACCGCGACGUUGGUGGUGGACUACAACCACGUGCCGGCGAUCGCGUCGUCUCUUCCAGGUACCACUACAUUCAUCACGGAGAGGGAGCUACAGGAGAAGAGGGAGUACUCCAUCAUGGCUACGCUUGAUUGCGAAUGUGACGGAGAACCACAAGGCCCAUCAAUUGACUGCAACUCUCCUCUCGGCAUGAUGAGUAGGGCCAUCCCCGACGCAUCCAUCACCUCUUCCUCCGCCAUCGAGGGAAGCCCAGCGUCGGAAGGCCGCCUCUACUCUCUGGUCGGGAUGCUGUUCAUGGGCGGCGAAGGAUGGACAGCUGCAACGUCCGAGAGCGGUCAGUGGAUCCAGGUCCGACUCAACGCGGCCACCAACGUGGUCGGCUUGCAGACCCAAGGCGGUGGCAGCGGUUCCAGCCAGGAGUGGGUGACCAGCUAUGCUGUUCAGUAUGCACUUGGUAGUGAUAUGCCACAGUACUUCAGAGAUGAUAAAGAUAUGAUGCAGACCUUCAUGGGGAACACAGACAAGGAGACCAUCGUAACAAAUUAUUUCUGGAAGCCUGUCAAGGCUGAAGUUAUCCGCAUCCUCCCAAAGAACUGGAGUUCUCGCAUUUCUAUGCGCUUUGAGGUUCUCGGUUGCCUUGCCGACAACCCCUGUGACAGUAGUCCCUGCCAGAAUGGAGGAGUCUGUAGCCAUGACACCCGAACCAGCGGAUACAUGUGCGCCUGCCAGGAACGCUUCAGCGGAAAGAUGUGCGAUGAAGAAAUCGGAACCUGUGUCCUCUACCCAACGUCGUCCAUCACGACCUACGAUGAGAAGAAUUACUACUUCCCCGGCCAAUGCGAGUACGUGGCAUCCCAGACGUGCGAUCAGAAUGGACAGGACAGCUUCCAGGUCUUCGUUAACAACAUCCCGUCGGACCCUGCCUCCUACAUACCAAACAGGAGGGAGAUCAGAGUAGUACUGGAUGGAAAGACCUACGAGCUGAAAGGAGAGAAAGAGUUCUACCUGGACGGACAACGCAUCGCCUUUCCUUACAUCAGAAAUAAUGUACAAGUCAUCCUUGCGGGCAACAACUUCCCAGUAUUGAAGACGGAAUUUGGCCUGCGAGUAUGGUGGGAUGGCCGGCGCACCGUCAAGAUUGAGGUUCCGAGCCACCUACAGGACAAGAUGUGUGGGCUCUGCGGAAACUUCAACGAUGACCAAACUGACGACUUCAGAAUGCAAGCUGGAUCUGUGGUGGCUAGUGCUCUUCCGUUUGCCUUUAGCUGGGCGUCGACCGGACAGCAGUGCACAGCAACAUGCCCGUUCUGCAACGAGGUACCUUCUUGUGUCAACAAUGUUGCCAAGCUAUCUGCGGAAACAAUUUGCUCCGAAAUGAACACUCCUUUCGCCACCUGUCUUGCUGCUAUGCCAGGCAACAGUUACAUGAGUGAUUGUACCUCGGGCAUAUGUGCCACUGAUAGCGACAGCGACCUCUUCUGUGAGAUGCUUGUCAACCUGGCCAGCGAGUGCGAGGUGAUGGGCCUGUCCGUCGGACGCUGGAGAGAUGUCAUCACCAGAUGUGCCCCUACUCCACCGCCAGGCACCAUGUACGAGUCUUGCCUCUCCCCGUGCACCCCGACCUGCGGCAACCCAAACACCGCGGAGAAGUGCGACCUGAUGACCUGCGUGGAAGGCUACGCAUGCUCCCCUGGUCUAGUCUUCAAUAUGGAGACCUGUGUUGCCGAGAGAGAGUGUGGAUGCCUCGUGGAGGGCAUGAGCUACGAUAUUGGAGAGUCGUAUCUGGUCAAUGACUGCACAGAGCAGUGCGUAUGUCAUGAAGGAGGCAACAUGGAGUGCAAGGCUGUAGAAUGCCAUGACGACGCCACCUGUGCUGUGAAGGACAGUGGAAUGGAGUGUAAUUGUAAAGAUGGCUUCGCUGGUCAAGGACUGCAAAGCUGCUUCGCCGUCAACCAGGCCACGACCACCACUGUGUGCGAAAACGAAGCUAUUACAUUGACGUGCGAGAGUGGUGUGAUCGAUGUCAUAUCCGCCUACUAUGGCCAGGACGGUCAACUCAGUGCCUGUCCUACAAGUGGGUUCCUCUUGAGCACUUGUGCCGCUGAGGGAACUCUUCUGGCGGUUCAGAAUCGCUGCCAAGGCAAGGCAACUUGCACGUUCACGGCUAACUCAGAUGUCUUCGGCGUGCCCUGCACCGCCGCAAAGUAUGUACGCGUGGAGCACCACUGCACCCCCGAAGCUCUGGGCAGCGAGGUCCCUCAGACCCCUGUCAGGAGGAACACCCCACAGGCAAGCACCAUGAACCUGCAGUGCCCAGAAGGCACCUUCUUGGACAUCCAGCGUGUCCGGUUCGGUCGACCCGACCGGGAGGAGUCGUGCUUCUCACCCUCUGCCGAGGCGAUCAUCACAAUGGCUUGCCAGGGACAGACGCAGUGUGAAGUAGUUGCAACGACAGACAACCUAGGCGAGACCUGUGAGCCAACUAACAACAUGUUAGAGGUGAGCUUUGAGUGCUCCGAGCAGCCCGUGGAUCGCAGUACCAUCAUGGGUCACCCUUGCAACUUCAAUCCCUGUGUCAACGGCAACUGCAUAGCCACUAACACUCCUAAAGGGUACCAGUGCUGCUGUGAGAAGGGCUACACCGGACCAUUGUGUGAUCAAAUGGAGGGAGAGUGCCGAGUGUUCGGCGGUUCCCAGAUCAUCACAUUCGACAAGAACCACUACCAGUUCCAUGGGGAUUGCCUGUAUACCCUCUUCAAGGACUGUUCUGCCAGGGACAACGGGCGUACCCCCAUCGAGGUCUCGGUCCGAGGCCAGGUGUAUAAGUUUGUGAGGAGCAUCUCCUUCAUCAGGGAGGUCCACAUCAAGCUGGGAACCAGGGAGAUCAUCCUAGGUCGAGACAACCUUCAUGAGGUAGAUGAUUAUGAGCUGGAGGCACCCUUUACUGUUUCUACAGGCGAUGCCAUGCUGACUGUCAGGCAAGCUGGCAAUACUAUGGUUGUUGAAACCAGUGCUGGCGUUUCCAUCGAGUGGAACGGUAAAGGUCAAGUAUCGAUCAAGAUCCCCAAUGGCUUCAAUGGAACAUGCGGUAUGUGUGGAGACUUUGAUGGAGAUGCGACCAACGACUUCAAGAACAAAGAAGGACAAACGCUGACAGGUACCACCGGGCUUGCCAGAGCUUGGGCCCACAGCACCAGCGACUGCACCAUCUGCCAAGGAUGCCAGAACAUCGAUGCCUGCACUAGGAGGCCGCUGUAUCGAGCAGACGCAACCACGAUGUGCUCUAUCCUCAAGGACGACAAUGGACCGUUUGCUGAUUGCUUCGACGAGGUCGACCCUGACUUCUACUACAACGCUUGCCUGGAGGACCAGUGUGCCCUGCUUCCCAAGCAGGAUCUCAAGUGUGCCCAUUACGAGGCCUACGCAGACGCCUGCCAGGCCAAGGGAGUCCAGCUGCCUGGAUGGAGAGACGCCACAAGCUGUGGUUUCAUGUGUCCGUUGGGCAAGGUCUACUCCGCCUGCUCCGAAGGCCUCACCAGCCACUGUGGUGUGACCGAACUGGAGGCAUCCUGCAGCAAGCGUUGCUAUGAGGUCUGCGAAUGUCCGCAGGGCAAGGUGUUGUCAAGCAGAGGCAUGUGUGUCGCCCCAGAGGAGUGCGGCUGCUUGAACGAGCACGGGAUCGACACCUACUACGUGCCGCCUGGCACCACCUACACCAGAUACGGCUGUGAUAUGCAGUGCACCUGUGACAAAGGUGGACUGAGUAGCUGUAACGCCUUCUCCUGCCACGAGCACGCCACCUGCCUAGCAGGGAUGGACGGGGUCUACGGCUGCCACUGCAGGGCUGGGUACUCAGGAAACGGACACACGUGCCACAUGGAGGUCAUGGAGUAUCCCAGGAUGCACGCAGUGGUCACGGAGGGUCAGGUGAUGAACCUGGACUGCGGAGACUACAUGCUGGACGUCCUGGACGUCGGCUACGGCAGUCUGGACACGGUCUGCGAAGGAGGAGAGGACCAGGACCCGGUCUGCGAGUCCUACAGCUCCUAUGCCAUGGCCCUGGGAAUGUGCCAAGGAUACAAGAGAUGCAAGAUCCCGGCCUGUGACCGUCUCUUUGGUGAUCCCUGCUUCACCAAGCGCCACUACCUGUCCGUCUAGGCGAUUGUUACACUUCAAGU